AUGGAGGUCCGAUGGUAUGUGCUUUAUGGCAAUCAUUCAAUCGUGAUCGAGGUCAGGCCCGGAGGACACAUGUUCUACUGGCUGUUCUACACAAAAGAUGGGGAUGUUCCGAGCUGUGCUGACCGACCGCUGAUCAUCUGGCUACAAGGCGGUCCCGGUUCAGCCUCCACAUCGUAUGGAAAUCUAGCCGAAGUGGGUCCCAUCGAUUUGGACAGUCGGAUGCGUGACUCGACUUGGGUAAAACACUUCAACGUACUCUUCAUUGACCAGCCGCUGGGCACUGGCUUCAGCUAUUUGGAGGAGCAUACGAAAUUCCCGGAGAACAACAGGGAACUGGGAAGCGAUCUGGUCAGCUUUAUGAAAGGUUUCUAUGGCAGACACAGGGCAUUCCAGAAGGUUCCCCUGCACAUCUUCGGUCAGAGCUACGGGGCCAAGGUGGCGGCAGAAUUUGCUCUCCAGCUGCAGGAUGGACAAAAUCGUGGGCAGAUCUGUUUCCAACUGAUCUCUGUUAACUUGGUCAGUCCUUGGAUCUCCCCCCUGCACUCGGUAAUGUCCUGGGGCCGAAUACUUCUCAGAAUCGGUGCGGUUGAUGAACAGAUGUAUAAGAAAAUCCAUGCAGCUUCCCUCCAAGUUGCUCAUUUGAUGAGAAGGAAUCUCUGGAGCGAUGCGUCUAACCAGAUGUUCAUAGUGCAGCGGCUAAUAGCAGCUCAGAGAAUAGGUUUGUACAACUUUAUGGAUCGAUCUGAAGAGAGCACAGAACUUCGUGAGGCCCAGAUAAUGAAUGGUCCAGUCAGAAUUGCCCUAAAUCUCAGCGAUAAUCUCCAAUUCGAGGGUUCCAGCAACUUUGUCUUCGAUAGGCUUAGUAACGACUUCAUGAAACCCGCUCUGACCACUGGUAAGAUCAUCUGA